AUGAACUAUAUUUCCAUCCUCCUAUUGAUUACUUUAGCAUCCGCUUUUCAAUACCUUUCUGCCACAAUACACUCACAAGAUGUCAAGCCAAUUCCAAAGCGCGAGCCUUGGCAUCCUCACCUCUACCUUGCCCAUGAUGAAGCUGGCGAUUUCUAUGAAAUCAGAAAUUCUCAUGAAUACUAUGACGUUUCUGUAAGUUUUUUGCAGACCAAAGAAAGCUCCCCAGGUGUCAUGAAUUGUGAAUGCAGAUUUGUAAAAAGUGAUUUAACUGAUGAGGGAAGUUCAUCAGAAACAGAAUUUUUGCAGGUUAUCACUCCUAACACUCAAAAAAGAUUAGAAGCUGCUCAACAGCAAGAAAAAGAAAGACUAAAAGAGAUCCCUAUUGGAGUUAAGCCACAAUUUGUUCAAAGCACAAAGCCUAUGAGAACUGAUACGAGAAGGGAGAUGAAAAAUCCUCAGCUAAUUGAAACUAAUGAGCAGGAAGCAAGACCAGAGCCUCAAAAGAAGCAACAGCAAGCACAUCAUGAUACUGCAAAACAGGCAGGAGAUAUGCAGAGACAGCAGGAAAAUAUAGGCAAGAGAGCAGAAGUACCGAAAUCACAGUAUGAAAAUACAAUUGAUUAUGAACCUGUAUAGCCUAGGACAGCCAAUAGCUAGUUUUGGGCUAUGUGAUACCCAUGAAUUGGCUCAUGUAUUAUCUAUUUCUGAAUAACUCUCUGAUUUGGUAAAUUAAGUAUAUAUCGCUAACUAACCAGCUAUAGGAGUUUAAUCAAUAACUGAUGUUGCCAAAGAAAUCCACUUAUCUGGUAAGCAAAGAUAGCCUAGUCAAGCUAUAUGCUGUCUUGGGUUGUAUAUGCUCCAAGGGUAUUUGAAACUCCUAAGCAGCAUGUAUUUAGAGAUAUUCCACCUCCAGCAGGCUACUAUAAUGGAGCAGGAACAUAUUAUCAGCCUCAGGUAUUCCAAACUGAAUAUAGGCCAAAUUAUAUCCCAGAAACAUAUCCUCCUCCGCAGUAUUCCGAAGGCAGGCCUCAAGGCUAUGCACCUCAGUAUAUUGAAGAAAGACCUCAAGGAUACCCUCAGCAAUACACUGAAGAAAGACCUAUUGUUUAUCAGCCACAAUAUAUUGAUGAAAGACCUCAAGGAUACCAGCCUCAAUAUAAUGACGAAGCAUCUCAAAGUAGGCCAGUUUAUCAAGAAUCCCAAAGCAGGCCAGUAUACCAAGACGAAAGGCCUGCUUAUAGUCCACAAUACACUGAGGAGAGAGCUGCAGAAUACUAUGAUCCACGCUCUUUUUCAGCUCCAAAGGUUGUUUAUGUAUAUCAGCCUUAUCCUUAA